UGGCAGUGUGUGUUGGUGUGUAACAGAUGUGAGUAUACGGCGAAGAACUCGGCCGCUGGAAGACUCUUCUCUACGAAUAAAACUACCUGUUUUUCUCUCUGAAUAGAGCCAAUAACAAGCACAAGACGAGGAGGACACGUGCGAAAAUGCGAGAAGAAACCCAGGAAGAGUGUGUGUGCUUAUUAAAAAUUCAGCGCGGGAGAACAGACGUUAUGGCCCCUUCAGAUGACUUGCGGCAGCACUGAGGAGAAACUACAGCACUGACGGGGUCCGAGCAUUAUUGAAUGGCGUGAAACGAAGCGGAAUUUGUUCUAAAAAGCGACACCAAAGCAUUUUCAAGCGGCCAAAAUCCAAAGGGAAGGGGAGGAGAGGGGGGCAAAGAAAACGCCCUGCUGCCUGUUGCUGGUAUCUCCACAUUCAAACUUUAUCGCCGAGUUGGAAAAAUGCAUCCUUCACUCAACGGGAGGUGAUAAUUCAAGUGUAACGUUAUCUUUAUUAGCUGAAAUCCCAAGCUGCUAGCUAACCGAAGGCCCCGCUCACUUGAUAAAGUUCCCUCUCUUCUUUGCUUUGGGAAUAUUUUCUCUUCAUUGUGCACACUAUUCCUGCUGGAAGCGAUCUGGGUGGGCUGUGAGAGCCCAGGGCUGCUCCGCUAGGCCCACGGCCAUUAGCCAGGAACAAAGAGCUUUCACAUGUAAACUCACGCAGUUUGCAAAACCUCUUCACAUUUAGCUCAACUUUUAACGACCGACGCCGCUGCAGUCAUGUCGCUCGGCGCUGAGAGGAGGAUGGAAACCCGGCUGAAGAAGCUGGAGGACAUGAUCAGAGAUCCCAGAUCUGCCAUAAACCUGGAAAGUUUGCUGGACUCCAUAAACGCCCUGGUCUUAGACUUGGACUACCCUGCACUACGCAAGAACAAAAACAUUGAAACCUUCUUAAACAGAUAUGAGAAAGUCAUAGGGCAGACUCGAGAUCUCCAGAUGAAGUCUGAAGACUUUGACAGAGUUAAAGUCAUUGGUCGAGGGGCAUUUGGUGAAGUCCAACUGGUCCGGCAUAAACCCUCUCAGAAGGUCUACGCCAUGAAGCUACUGAGCAAGUUUGAGAUGAUCAAGCGCUCAGACUCAGCUUUCUUCUGGGAAGAGAGGGACAUCAUGGCCUUUUCCAACAGUCCCUGGGUUGUCCAGUUGUGCUGUGCCUUCCAAGAUGAGCACUACCUCUACAUGGUGAUGGAAUACAUGCCAGGAGGCGACCUGGUCAACCUCACCAGCACCUACGACGUGCCAGAGAAAUGGGCAAAGUUCUACACAGCAGAGGUGGUAAUGGCCCUGGAUGCCAUUCACUCCAUGGGCUUCAUCCAUCGGGAUGUCAAGCCGGACAACAUGCUACUGGACCGACUCGGACACCUCAAGCUGGCCGACUUCGGCACGUGCAUGAAGAUGGACUCUACCGGCAUGGUGCACUGUGAUACUGCUGUCGGGACUCCAGACUACAUCUCUCCUGAGGUGCUGAAAUCCCAGGGAGGAGAUGGGUAUUAUGGGAGAGAGUGCGACUGGUGGUCCGUAGGAGUCUUCAUCUUCGAGAUGCUUGUUGGUGACACGCCGUUCUACGCCGACUCUCUGGUGGGAACCUACAGUAAGAUCAUGGACCAUAAAAACUCCCUCAACUUCCCUGAUGAUGUGGAGAUCUCCAAAGAUGCCAAGAAUAUCAUCUGUGCCUUCCUGACUGACAGGGAGGUGCGAUUGGGCAGAAACGGCGUGGAAGAAAUCAAGCGACACCCUUUCUUCAAGAACGACCAGUGGACCUUCGACACCAUCAGAGAUACGGUUGCCCCUGUGGUCCCAGAGCUGAGCAGUGACAUAGACACCAGUAAUUUUGAUGAGAUUGAAGAUGACAAAGGCGAUGUAGAAACUUUCCCCACACCUAAGGCCUUUGUUGGAAAUCAGUUACCCUUCGUUGGCUUCACUUACUUCAAAGAAGACCAGUUACUAAAUUGUUCCAACAAUUCUUCUGUUGCUCAUGAGAAUUCGAAAGGAGAGCAGUCAGCAGCACUGCAGAAGAAACUGCACCACCUGGAGGUACAGCUGAAGAAUGAGAAGCAGGUCAAAGAUGAGGUUGAGCACAAAUACAGAGCUGCCACUGGUCGUCUAGACAAAAUCUCCAAAGAGCUUGAGGAAGAGGUGAGUAGCAGAAAGAAUCUGGAGUCGAGUCUGAGGCAGCUAGAGAGAGAGAAAGCCCUGCUGCAGCACAAGAGCCUGGAGAGCCACCGCAAGGCUGAGAGCGAGGCCGACAGGAAGCGCUGCCUGGAGAAUGAAGUCAACAACCUUCGAGAUCAGCUGGAUGACAUGAAGAGAAGAAACCAGAAUUCACACAUUUCCAAUGAGAAGAACAUUCACCUGCAGAAACAGCUGGAAGAAGCCAACGCGCUGCUACGGGCUGAGUCUGAGGCGGCGACACGGCUCCGUAAAACCCAGACGGACAGCAGCAAGCAGCUGCAGCAGCUGGAGGCCAACGUGCGCGAGCUGCAGGACAAAUGCUGCCUGUUGGAGCGCAGCAAGCUGAGUCUGGAGAAGGAAUGCAUCAGCCUGCAGGCAGCCCUCGAGACAGAGAGGAGGGAGCACAGCCAGGGCUCGGAGACCAUCAGCGACCUGAUGGGACGUAUCUCUGGCCUGGAGGAGGAGGCCCGUCAGCAGAGACAGGCUCUGUCCAAAGCUGAGACUGAGAAGAGAAUGCUUCAGGAAAAACACACCCAUCUGGAGAAGGAGAUGAGCAACAAGGAGAUUGAUUUGACCUACAAGCUGAAGGUGCUGCAGCAGGAGCUGGAGCAGGAGGAGGCCUCUCACAAGGCCACCAGGGCACUGCUGGCAGACACCAGCAAGAUCAAAGUAACCAUCGAGGGCGCCAAGUCAGAGUCCAUGAAGGAGAUGGAGCAGAAGCUGGCAGAGGAGCGAGCCGCCAAACUUCGGCUGGAGAACCGAAUACUGGAGCUAGAGAAGCACAGCAGCAUGAUGGACUGGGACUAUAAACAGGCUCUGCAGAAACUAGAUGAGCUGCGCAGACACAAGGACCGCCUAACUGAGGAGGUGAAGAACCUGACGCUAAAGAUUGAGCAGGAGACCCAGAAGCGUAACCUGACUCAGAACGACCUGAAGGCCCAGAACCAGCAGCUCAACUCUCUGCGAACCUCAGAGAAGCAACUCAAGCAGGAAACUAAUCACCUUCUGGACAUAAAACGCAGCCUGGAGAAGCAGAACCAAGAGCUGCGCAAAGAAAGACAGGACACAGACGGGCAAAUGAAGGAAUUACAGGACCAGUUAGAAGCUGAACAGUAUUUCUCUACGCUGUACAAGACCCAGGUUCGUGAACUAAAGGAGGAGUGUGAAGAGAGGAAUAAACUCUACAAAGAUGUGCAGCAGUCUCUGCAGGAGCUCCAAGAGGAGAGGGAUUCGUUGGCAGCUCAGCUCGAGAUCACACUGACAAAGGCUGACUCAGAGCAGCUGGCGCGCUCCAUCGCUGAGGAGCAGUACUCGGACUUGGAGAAGGAGAAGAUAAUGAAGGAGUUGGAACUGAAGGAGAUGAUGGCCCGCCAUCGUCAGGAGCUAGCCGAGAAGGACAUCACCAUCAAUUCGCUGGAGGAAGCCAAUAGGACCCUGACCAGUGACGUCGCCAACCUAGCCAAUGAGAAGGAGGAGCUGAACAACAAACUGAAGGAGACAAUAGAAGAAUCAGAAAAGUCAAAGGAUUGGGAGCAGCAGAUAAGCCAGAUGAAGCAGGCAUUUGAGAAGCAGCUGCAGUCAGAGAGGACCCUGAAAACACAGGCCGUCAAUAAGCUGGCAGAGAUCAUGAACAGGAAGGAGGUCCGUGGCGGAGGAAGCCGCCGUGGCAACGACACAGACAUGCGGCGGAAGGAGAAGGAGAACAGGAAGCUACAGUUGGAGCUGAGGUCGGAGAAGGAAAAACUCAACAGCUCCAUCAUCAAAUACCAGAGGGAGAUCAAUGAAAUGCAAGCGCAACUGUCGGAAGAGAGCCAGAUGCGUAUCGAGCUGCAGAUGGCUCUGGACAGUAAGGACAGUGACAUCGAGCAGCUGAGGAACCGCCUGCUGUCGCUCAGCGUUCAGUCAAUGGACUCUACCAGCGUCAGCAGUGGGCCGGAGUUUGAUACCGAUGAUGCGUACACAGAAACGAGGCUGGAGGGCUGGCUCUCUCUCCCUGUCAGAAACAACACCAAGAAGUUUGGAUGGGAGAAAAAGUAUGUUGUAGUGAGCAGCAAGAAGAUUCUCUUCUACAACAGUGAGCAAGACAAAGAGCAGUCCAUUCCCUACAUGGUGCUUGAUAUAGACAAACUCUUCCAUGUGAGACCUGUCACUCAAACAGAUGUGUACCGUGCUGAUGCUAAAGAGAUUCCCAGGAUAUUCCAGAUUCUUUAUGCCAAUGAAGGCGAGAGCAAAAAGGAGCCCGAGUUUCCUGUGGAGCCCCUGGCCAUCGGGGAGAAAUCCAGCUACAUCUGCCACAAGGGCCAUGAGUUCAUCCCCACGCUCUACCAUUUCCCCACCAACUGCGAGGCGUGCACCAAGCCGCUGUGGAACAUGUUCAAGCCGCCGCCUGCUCUGGAGUGCCGGCGCUGCCACAUCAAGUGCCACAAGGACCACAUGGACAAGAAGGAGGAGAUCAUUGCACCGUGCAAAGUGAACUACGACGUGUCUACGGCCAAGAACCUGCUGCUGCUGGCCUUGUCCCAGGAGGAGCAGCAGAAAUGGGUGAGCCGACUGGUCAAGAAGAUUCCCAAGAAGCCACCUCCACCAGAGCAUUUUGCACGCUCCUCGCCACGCGCCUCCAUGAAGGUCCAGCCCAGCCAGUCCAUUAGGAGGCCAAGUCGACAGCUCCCCACCAGCAAGAGCAGGUCAAAUGGCUUCAAAAUGAGGCGAGAAGAAUCCCACAGUGGACACUGUUAACCUUGCGUGGAAGCAUGGUGCAUCGUCGUGGUGGUGGGGCGUUUCCUCCUGAAUCAAGGACUGCAUACAAAGCUCCGUUAGCAGAUAAGCACACUGAACUCCGCAUCACUUCUCCACAACCUGCCCGGCCGUGCUUCCUUCCGCCUGUUGGAGUUACCAAGUCUGUUUUCCCCCUUUUGUUGAACUUCUUCCCCAGCCAAUUGAAGCGGCGGCGACUAUCAAACUCAGUACCUGUGAUCUUUUCACCCAGCUGGAUGGCUUGUAAGCAUGUUGGUCUUCUCGUGGGCCCUUGACGAGAGCAAAUUAUGUGUCUCUGGGGGGGGGGGUGCAGGAGUGGCUCAUCCAGCUCCCACAGAACAGAGCUCUUAUAAGCCCAACAAGGACCGGCAAAAAAGGGGAUACACUUACCUCAACACUUCUCACCAGGACACACUGUCUGAUUGAAGGACCUAACAGGAAAACUCUCUCUCUUCCUCACCACUUUUGGGGAUUCUUGUGGCCAAAUAAAAAGGAGCAUUCUUGUUUAAUGAUAAUGACAAUAUGAAGGGUUUAACGGGGAACACUACACUCAGAAGAUAGUAAAUUCUGUAAUUUGUUGGCUGAAUGCAGCUGAGGUUGUUGAACAUGAUCCCAGAUACAGUAUCUGUACUUAUUCUAACUGUUUAACAUAUUGAUUGUAGCUUCUUGCUUUCCACGAUUCUGCUUUCAGGUGUGCGUCCACUCGGGUCACAGAAACUUGAAUAAGGUACUUAAGCAAAGGAGCUGGGACUUUAAGGAAAAUCAGCAAGGCGGGAAAGGAGUGUCAGUCCUCCAGGAUUUGAGCAAAUAAUUCCUUGAGUGCCUCUUAUUCAGAUUUCUGACUCAGACAUGCUCUGAAUCACUGGUUUGUCGUUGUAUGACUACAGUAACGGUUCUAAGUGAACAGAAUCCUGCUCUGAAUGGCAUUAGAUCAGACAUGAGAUCCUCACAAUCCCAACAUUUUUUUUUUAAAGCCGCACUGUCUGUUAUGAGGGUUAAUGUUUACUGAAUUCAAGGGGUGCACCAUUAAUGCUUUUCUGAUCCGAGCUCGGCUCCUUUAGUUGUUUGAAUGUACAUCUGGUCUUCACCAGAGACGACACGCAGGCAUUGUAUUACUUCUAUCCAAAUAUACUUGACUGAAGCCCCCUUUCUUCACCAACUACUCUGAGUGAACUUGCAUGUGUUUGCCUUUUCAGGCCUCACACUGUCACCCACAGGCCUCCACCUAUUAGAAAUGUAGUUUUUAGUCAUUCCUGGCAAUGAAAAUGAGGGGGAUUUACCAGUAAGAAGCAGAAACAAUGUAGGUAUGCAAUCAUAUCUCAUGAGUCAAAAUACUGAGCAGCACUAUUCCAUUGAAAGUUUUUCUAAAAAGUGUUUGUCCUGAUAUUUUUGUAUUAAAAGUAACCAAACUCUGAGUUUGGGCACAUUGUUGUGUGUAUGUGGCUUAUAUAGCAGGUGGAGUAUAACUAGGUGUGUGUGUCUGUAUGUAUGUGAGUGUGUGUACUGAGUGCUCUGCUUUAACCAAGAAGCAUGUUUUAUACAUAUAAAUAUACACAGUAUAUAUAUUUUACAUGCCAUACAGUGCACAUUAUAUUAUUUAUACAGCCUUGUCCACUUUGUAUUUAAGGGCUCUACAUCCAUUUGCAUGUUUGCUAUCAAACAGCUCUAUAAUAAUAACUACGUCAUCAAUAAAGACAUGGAUGUGCCUUU